AUGGUUCGCAAGGAGGAGAUCGAGGAGAUGGAGGAGAGGGACGACAUGAGGGUGAUGGAGCUCCCAACCGACGAGCCCAUGCUCGGCCGGAUCCCGAAACCCGCAGCGCCAAACGCGGCGAGCGCGUCGCUGCGCAUGGUGAAGUACUCGGUGCUGCUGCCGACGUUCAACGAGCGCGAGAACGUCAGCCUCGUCGUGUACAUGAUCGUCAAGGCUUUCCAGUCCAUCAAGGAGUCGUUUGAGAUCAUCGUGAUAGACGACAACAGCCCGGACGGCACGCAAGAGGUGGUGAAGAAGCUGGCCAAGCACUACGGGGAGGACACCAUUCUUCUUCGGCCAAGGCCUGGCAAGCUAGGACUAGGCACGGCAUACGUAUUUGGGCUGCAGCAUGCGCGGGGGGAGUUCGUGUUUAUCAUGGACGCGGACCUAUCGCACCACCCAAAGUACAUCCCCCAGUUCAUUCGCAAGCAGCAGGAGACAGACGCUGACAUAGUCACUGGGUCACGCUACUCCCCGGGGGGAGGCGUCGUGGGGUGGGACUUCAAGCGCAAGAUGACCAGCCGGGGAGCCAAUGUGCUCACGCACACGCUGCUCUGGCCGCGCGUGUCCGACCUCACGGGCUCGUUCCGGCUGUAUCGCAAGGAGAUUUUGGAGAAUCUGAUGGAUGUGGUGGUGUCCAAGGGCUAUGUGUUCCAGAUGGAGAUGAUUGUCCGGGCGAGUCGGGCCAGUUUGGUUAUUGAGGAGGUGCCAAUCGUUUUCGUGGAUCGGUUGUAUGGUUCUUCAAAGCUGGGAGGGACAGAGAUUGUACAGUUUGUGAAAGGCCUUCUCUGGCUCUUUGUCUACGCUUAG